GUUCCCUCCUCCCGAAGUGGAGCAGAGCCUCCCCUUCUUUCUCUCUUCCUCUCUGGGAGUCGUCGUCAUGCUCUCCAAGGCCUCCUCCCUCAUGGUCUUUCCCUGUUCCAGGGUAAGAGGACGGCCUUGCAUGUGGCCGAACAUGGGAAAACACUGGUUUGGAAAACAUAUAUUAUAUAGUUUUGGGACUGUAUUUUUGAGGCCUAUCAAGACUUUGUGUGGAGGGUAUCAUGCAUAUGGUGUUGGUGGGCUUUUGUGUAAUAUUACUAAUGUGGCAUCUUCUUUGCAAAUUGAAUUGGUACCAUGCCUCCAAGAUAAUUAUGCAUAUCUUUUGCAUGACACGGAUACAGGUACAGUUGGAGUUGUAGACCCUUCUGAAGCUAUUCCUGUUAUAAAUGCACUGGAAAGGAAAAAUCAGAACCUAACAUAUAUACUAAACACUCAUCAUCAUUAUGAUCAUACUGGUGGAAACAUGGAGUUGAAAGCAAGGUAUGGUGCAAAGGUGAUUGGUUCCAGCAAGGACAGGGACAGAAUUCCCGGCAUUGACAUAGCCCUUCAUGAUGGGGAAACAUGGAUGUUUGCUGGUCAUCAGGUGCUUGUGAUGGAAACUCCUGGUCAUACAAAAGGUCAUGUAAGCUAUUACUUUCCAGGAUGUGGAGCAAUAUUUACGGGGGACACUAUUUUUAGCUUAUCUUGUGGUAAACUUUUUGAAGGAAACCCAGAAGAGAUGUUUUCUUCACUUCAAAAGAUUAUGUCUUUGCCAGAUGAGACAAACAUAUAUUGCGGCCAUGAAUAUACGCUGAGUAAUUUAAAGUUUGCCUUGUCCAUAGAGCCCAAUAACGAAGCACUUCAAGAAUACGCGGCACAUGUAGCUCACCUCCGCAGUAAGAAGCUGCCAACGGUUCCAACUACACUAAAGAAAGAAAAACUUUGUAAUCCAUUUCUGCGCACCUCCAGUCCAGAAAUCCGGCAGAACUUGAAAAUCCCAUCUGCUGCAAGUGAUACGCAAGCCUUGGGUGUCAUCCGCCAAGCAAAGGAUAACUUUUAAGGCAGUGCUCUUGCUCGACUUGACACAGGUCUGUAUUAUUUCAUGGGAAACAAAUAUAUGUAUAUCGCCUCUUCGUAAUAUGCCCAAUUACAAUCAAUUCCUUCGCUGCGGAUAGUUUACAUUGUUGGACACCAUGUGAAAUCCUCCUCCAAUGUCAAUCUCAUUCAGUGUUUAUGUUCUUUUUGCACACUGCCAAUAUGCUAUACUGCAGUAAAAAAGUAUCAGGAUUUAUGUAUGGCAUCGUUCUUGUUAUAACAUCACCUUGUGCAAGAUACACUUGUGUUAUCAAGGAUUGUUGGUGGAAAGAAUGACAAGGAUCGCAAUUCUGUUAUCAA